AUGACCGUUGUCCAUUUUACUACCGCAGGCACAUUUAUACUAAGCAUCACCGGCUUAGCGCUACACCGCACACAUCUUGUCUCUGCCUUACUAUGCAUCGAAGGCAUAAUACUAGCACUAUUCUCAGCACUGGCGGUUAGCUAUCAAACACCAAUCCACACCAACACGUCAUUACAACCAAUCAUUAUACUCGCACUUGCCGCAUGCGGAGCGGGCGCAGGACUAAGUCUACUUGUGGCAUCUACACGAACCCACGCUUCUGACCACCUUCACAACCUUAGCCUACUAAAAUGUUAA